AUGGCAGCUCCACCUCAAUCGCAGGCUCUGCCCCACGCGCGAUGUUCCCACAGCAAACUCCGCCUGAAUCGGCCUGUUCACUCCUAUGCUGGCGCCCUCGGGGCGGGCUGGGGGUCGGGGAGCGCGGGGCCCGCGCCAAGGCGGUUGGGAAGGCUAGGACCCCGCCGCCAGACCGUUACUUCGCUCGCUGGGCGUGGAAGGGCGGCGCGCGGCGGGUCACGCCUCCCGCCCCGCGGCGUGCAGGUCCGCGCGCCCGCCCAGGCCCGAGAACAUGUGGCGGACUCUCCCCGGCGCGCGCCGAGCGCCCGCCGCUCGCCCGGUAACUCCCUCCCCACCCGCCCGGCCCGGCCCGGCCCGGCAGCCCGUCUCCCCCGAGCGCCCGCUGCCUGGCGGCUGGCUCGCUCUCGCGGCUGGCUGACCAAUCCCGGUUUGGAGUUCAAGAUUCCCGCCGCUCCGCUGGCACUACGCCCGCUGCCUGUUUCUGUUUUUGGUUUUAACUUUCACUCGGGAGGAUCUCAAGCGCCAGCCGCCGCUCUCCCCGGUGCUCGCCCGCCCCUCGCCCACGGGAGACGUCCCUGGGGCGGGCGGGGCGGAAAGGCCCGGGUCGGCGGCGGGUGGGGCCGGGCGGAGCCGCCUCCCGCACGGGGGAGCCCCCGGGCUCGGCCCAGCUCAGCCGCGCCUGCCCUCGGGGCAGCUGCCCGAAGAGCCGGAGAAGCUGCCGGCGGGCGAUGGAGACGGGGAGACACCGGCGAGAGGAGGCGGGGUGGGGGAGGCGGGGGAGAGCGCGGGGGCGGAGGCUGGCAGGGGGCGCUGGAGGCAGGAGCCGCCCGUGCGCUCCUCGCGCCCGAGGGUGCAGGAGGCUCUGAAGCAGCGGUCGCACCGCGAGCCUCCGGGGACCGCUGGCGGCGGGGCUGGGGGCGGCGGCGGGGGGGGGGCGCUGCCGCCGCCGGGUGGCUGUCGCCGCUUCGGCCCCUUUGUUCUCGCGCGCUCCCCCUCGCCGCCCACUCCCCUUCUGUCGUGCGGCUGCGGCGGCUGCUCCUCCCGCCCGAGGCAGUCGGCUCCGCGCCGGGGGCGGGAGGGGGCGGGGGAGCGCGCCAGCCGCCCGGAGUGGGGGGCGAUGGCCGAAGCUCCGGGUGGCUUACGAGUACACGGAAGCCGAGGACAAGAGCAUCCGGCUCGGCUUGUUUCUCAUCAUCUCCGGCGUCGUGUCGCUCUUUAUCUUCGGCUUCUGCUGGCUCAGUCCCGCGCUGCAGGAUCUGCAAGCCACGGCGGCCAACUGCACGUUGCUGUCGUGCAGCAGAUGCGGCGAGGUCUUCGAGUGACCUUCACCCUGUGGCGCCGACUGCAGGGCCCUCGCAGUACCCCUGCGUCCAGGUCUACGUGAACAACUCGGAGUCCAACUCCAGAGCGCUGCUGCACAACGACGAGCACCAACUCCUGACCAACCCCAAUGAGCUUUGGCCUGGGGACUGGAUGAGGAGCCCUCUCUUAUGUCACAGUGUCUCAUUGGACUACAUUUCAUCAGACCUCAGGUUUUUUCAGUGCUCCUAUAUUCCUCCCUGUAAGAGAGAAAAUCAGAAGAACUUGGAAAGUGUCAUGAAUUGGCAACAGUACUGGAAAGAUGAGAUUGGUUCCCAGCCAUUUACUUGCUAUUUUAAUCAAUUUCAAAGACCAGAUGAUGUGCUCCUGCAUCGCACGCAUGAUGAGAUUGUCCUCCUGCAUUGCUUCCUCUGGCCCGUGGUGACAUUUGUGGUGGGUGUUCUCAUUGUGGUCCUGACCAUCUGCGCCAAGAGCCUGGCAGUGAAAGCAGAAGCCAUGAAGAAGCGCAAGUUCUCGUAGAGGGGAGAAGGCUCGUGGGAAGCCAAGCCCAGAAGCUGCACCCAUCGGCACACAUCUCCCUGCAGAGCCUGCUUCCUGGCGCAGGAGAUGGAAGGGGCUAUGCGAGGUCUCCGAGAGGCUCCAGCCUCGAUGGCAGCGGAAACAGGCACAGCUGGAAGACUCGGGACCGCAUAGAUUGUAUGCCAUGUGUCGUAGCGAUGGCUAAGGGGUCAAGCUCUUAACCUAAUGGAGUAACCAUUUCAGAAAACUCUAUAAGAAGUUAAUUUUCUUUGGAAAGUAACAGUAUAUAAUUGUACAGUGUAGUAUACAAACCAUUAUGAUUUAUGCUGCCUAAAAAUAUUAAAAUAGAGUGGUCCGUG